UAAAAGAGGAAGAGAGAGUUAGUAAAGUGGAAAUUCCUACAAAUAAAAUGUCACGUUUGAGUUAUUGUGUUGUUCUGUCGGCGUUGUUCGGAACGCUCUUGGUGAAGGGGCAAGUGCGAAGCGAUGACGAGCUACCUCGAGAAACCGUAAGAUUCGGUUUCUCCAUUUUUGACGAAUUACGACAAUCCUACUGUAAAUCGUUUUGCAUGUCCGCGGAUACCAUGCCGUAUAUCGUGAAUAUCCUAUGCGCUGUUAAGUGCCCCGAAUUAUAUUUGCCGCAUGGUACGACCACGCCGCAGAGUACGUCACCGGCGGCUUCACCGGCGGCUUCACCGGCGGCUUCACCGGCGGCUUCACCGACAACAACCACGGCGACUUCAGCACCAACGACAAUCACAACUACUACACCGUCCGUGACAACAACAACCUCUACUACCCCAUCUACGACGGUGUCUACCACUCCAUCUUCAACAACGCCUACGACAACAACUUCUACUACUACUCCAUCUACGACAACGUCUGCUUCGAACCCUCCGUCGUCGACGCCCGGUAUGGGGUAGAUAAAACAAUCCAACAAUGCGAAC